AUGUCUCAAAAGAUCCGGGAAGCGGAGGGUGUUCUGCGAGCUAUUCCAAAGCCAGGCGAGACGAUCUUGCCAAAGGACGGCGAAGACAACAUCCUGAUCACGUCCGCUCUGCCGUACUGUAACAACGUGCCCCAUCUUGGCAACAUUAUCGGGAGUACACUGAGUGCCGAUGUAUUUGCUCGAUACAACCGAACGAGGAAUCGGAAAACCCUGUACAUUUGUGGCACAGACGAAUACGGGACCGCCACAGAGACACAAGCUCUCAAAGAGGGCAUCACUCCGCGAGAACUCUGCGACAAAUAUAACGCGCUUCACGUCGAGACAUACAAGUGGUUCGAGCUCAGCUUUGAUCACUUCGGGCGAACCUCAACACCCCUGCACACUGAAAUUUGCCAAUCAAUCUAUUCGAACUUGCUCCACAACGGCUACCUCGAGAAGCAGAUCAAAGACCAGACCUACUGCGAAGGCUGCCAAAAAUUCCUCGCAGAUCGCUUUGUCGAGGGGACAUGCCCGCACUGCGGUGCCGAUGACGCUCGUGGCGACCAAUGUGACGUCUGCGCGCGCACGCUCGACGCAAUCGACCUUAUCAACCCACGCUGCCUCAUCAGCAAAACACACAAAGUCACCACACGCUCCUCAGCACACAUGUACGUCAAGCUUGAUGAGCUCCAACCGAAGACCGAGGCAUGGAUCAAGAAGCGCUGGGCGCUGGGCAAGUGGUCGCCGAACGCAGUCAUCAAUAGCGACGGCGAAAUCGUCGACGCCAGGAUGCGCGGGGGCAUGAGGCCAAGCCCGGUCACCCGGGACCUGACGUGGGGAGUGCCUGUCCCGAUUGUGGAUGGCGAGGACGACCAAGGGAUGAAGGGCAAGGUGCUCUACGUCUGGUUCGACGCACCGGUCGGAUACCCAAGUAUCACAGCAAACUAUACACCAGAGUGGAAGAAGUGGUGGUUUAACCAAGACAACGUCCGGCUGUACCAAUUCAUGGGCAAGGACAACGUUUACUUCCACACUGUUUACUUCCCCUCCAUCCAGCUGGGUGACGGCCGUCCCUGGACGACGCUCUUCCACUUGUCUACCACAGAGUACCUGAACUAUGAGGGCGGCAAAUUCUCGAAGAGCCAUAAUCGCGGCGUGUUCGGUCCUGCGGCAAAAGAGACCGGUAUUCCGCCCUCCGUCUGGAGGUACUACCUGAUCUCUACGAGACCAGAAACUGCAGACGCUAUGUUCUCGUGGGGCGACUGUAUUGCUGCGAACAACAACGUCCUCCUCAAUAACUUCGGUAACUUCGUCAACCGCACGCUCAAGUUCAUCUCGUCGCAAUAUGACAGUGUCAUCCCUGAGAGCGGCGAUGCACCAGGGCCACUCUCACCGAACGACGAGAUCGACAGCGAGUUCAUCACUGAAGUGAACGCAUACCUGAAGGAUUACAUCGACGCCAUGGACUCGGUGAAGCUGCGGCUCGGCCUUCAGACAGUCAUGCUCCUCUCCGGCCGGGGCAACGUCUACCUCCAGUCCUCGGGCCUCAACAAGGCGCUCAUGACCGAGAACCCGGAGCGCUGCGCACAGGUCGUCUCACGCGCCGUCAACCUCAUCUACAUCCUCUCCGCGCUCAUCCACCCCUUCAUGCCCGCCACGGAGGCAGCCAUGCUCGCGCAGCUGAACGCGCCCGCGCGAGCCGUGCCCGAGGUCUUCUCGACGGACAUUCUCGCCGGGCACACCAUUGGCACGCCCGAUCACCUAUUCAAGAAGAUCGACGAGAAGAUGGCGGACGUGUGGAGGGCGAAGUUCGGCGGGAGCAAGCCGGUGGAGGCUACGCCAGAGCCUAGCGCGGAUGCCACCCACGUCGCGCCGGGCAUGUCGAAGCGCAAAGCCGCCGCGGCGAAGAAGGAGGCGGCCAAGGCCGCCGCUGCUGUUGUGGAUGCCCAGCCGAAAUCUGCAGAGGUUCUGGCUUGGGAGCAGAGGAUCACCGAGCAGGGCCAGAUCGUCAGGACGUUGAAAGGCAAGCCAAAGACUCCGGAUGUCGAGCAGGAGGUUGCAGCUGCCGUGGAUGAGUUGAAGCGCUUGAAGGAGGAGCUUGCUGCGUUGCAGAAGGCGUCGUAG